GGCAGAGUCCGUUCAAUGAUGCGAAUGCGAUUUCUGGUUCCUCCGCGACGGUAGCGGUGGGACGAGUGGGUGGGAUGGAUAACAGAAGUGAGGAGUCAAUUUUGGGCGAAGAGUAUCGGAGAGGACAUGGAAAGGACAAUGGUGACUUGGAGAGAGGGGAGGGUCCUGGUGCCGGACAAGCACAAGGAGCAGGACACCGGGGAAAUAAAAGAAGCUCGGGAGGAAAGGGGGCGGUGAUCCAGGUUACGGAGGAGUGGCAUGUCACGAGGGAGUGAGUGACUGGACCUGACUUUGCGCUGGGUAUUAUUGUCCGUUUCUUGGAUGUUGUUAUGGCGCCGGUGAUAACAAGGAUGGCGUUUUGUUUGGGCAAUUGGACAUCAAAAAGAUGGAAAGAUGUGUUGCAUCACUGCGGUCAAAGUUUUAUUCUGGGACAGAUACCUUUGGGGUUGGCUAUUUGUUUCGUUCUGCUCUUUCUUUUGUCUUCUCUUCCUUCUUCUUCUUCUUCCUCUUCUUUUCGAUUUCCUUUGUACGUUCAAAGAGUCUACGUACUCGUGCUUCUGUUUCGGGCUCCGGAUCUCGAUCGUCCCCAACCAACAAGGGAAGGAUCACAUAUGCUAACGGGACCGACCGAAAAGUCAUCCCUAAAGAAGUCGAAUUUCACCUCUGUCACUCCGCGAUUGCGAGCCUUGACGUAUUUCAAUGACCAAGACUUAUCUUAUGAAGCAUCAAACGUGGUUGGAUUGAAUAAAAAUGUAUUUUUUGAAAAAGCUUUCGUCCAUUAAAUGUGUGAGAUUGUCGUCCAAGCUGGAGGGUGCAAAAUCCACAGACAGGAAGCCUGACC